AUGGACGAUCAAGACAAUAACAGUGGGCUUGAUAAUGUGCCAAACACCGGCUCUGUCGGUCAAUUUUCAUUUGCCCCCGCUACUCGAACUACCGUUGUGACCACAACGACUACUACGACUACGACUUUCCCUCCGUUAUUUAUAAAGCCACCCCGCGCAACGCGAGAACUUGACCCUAAGCUAUAUCCUCUAGCAUCAUCUCCCACUCCUUCGUCGCUGAGAAAUAUCAAAUUUGAGAUCGGGGGUCAUUCCGUCGUGUUCAAUGAACCAGAUGAUACUACAAGCGCCGUCAAUGAGUUGAGGGAAAAGGAUGAUGCGUUGAGAGCCUCCAACGGCCUAGUUCGAUCUGUGACUUCAAUAUGUUCUGAUGAUACUCAACUUCCCCGUCGAUUUGCCCCCCCUAAAGGGUCUAGUCAACCAUCCAGUCAGCAGUCGAGCUCAAAGCAACGUCGUGCGUUAGCAGCCCCAGAAACUCGCCACGGUUAUUUGCGACCGUAUCCUGCCAGAGUUCCAUCAGAACAAUCGAUUCGCUCAACCCGUUCACAUGGCCCUACAUCCACACAUCCUGUGGUGGCUGGUUUGGCGACUCCUGAAACGGAAAGCAACAAUUAUAGUGCUGGCGAAAGCGUACUACCUAGGAGGAGAAUCCACGAGGGCGAUCCAAGCAGGCUAGCCAUUCCGCAAGAAAUAGAGACAGACGGCGGGCCGGAAGACGAAUCGGGAACCUCCACGAGCCAAGAUACUGGAUAUGAAACGUCUCAGGAAGCUCCCCAGCAAAGUUCUCUGGGUUCAACAUCACAAUUCACAGCCGUUGGUGGUGUGGCUGUUCAGGACAUGUGCCUACCAAGCCCUAGCUUGUCUCCCGUUGCUGCGAUGAAUGCAAUGAAUGUCGACUCUUCCUUUGAUUCGGCUGAGGACCCCGAAGCCGAUACGGAUUCCAGCUUUGACAACAACGAUCAUCGCAUUGUGAGCUCUCUACGUGCAGAAGACCCUAGGACCACUGCCCCGCACCGUUCCAGGCCUAACAUCUUACCCGCGAGUUCUGAUACACUACGGCCGACAUCGUUAAUGGAUAUCCCCAGUGUGUUGGACUUCUUUGACUCAGUUCCAGAAGGGCUGAAGACCUACCUUAUGUACCAGUUUCUGAGGCGGUGUCCGAAGCCAACUUUGCAUUUCGUUGCUGACGUUGUUAACCCGGCCUUAAAAUGCGAUUUCCUGGCUCUUCUGCCUCUUGAACUAAGCCUAAAUAUUGUGAAAUACUUUGACGCUCAGACCAUGUGCCGUGCUGCACAAGUUUCUAAGAAAUGGAGGCAUAUUAUCAAUUCCGAUGAAAAGAGUUGGAAGGAACUUUUCGAUAGAGAUGGAUAUGUUCUCCCAGAAGGAGAGCUGGAGCGUGCAAUCAGGGAAGGGUGGGGAUGGCAGUUUCCUAACGGGGGUGAAGAUUACGAGAAGGACCUAAGCGUGUCGUCUCCUGUAAUUAAACCUGAUCCUGAGUCUGGUUCUCCUUCUAUGCAACCACUGCCAGGGCCCAGUGAUAGGCCUUCGUCUGCGCAUCGCCGCCCGAAGAGAAAAGCAUGCACACGUGUCUCAAGCCGUAAGCUUGCAAAACGAAAAAUAUCAUCUAGCGGGACUGAUCAUUCCGAGUCCUCUGAUUGGAGAAAGUCAGUCACCGCGGCAGAAGGGCCCUAUGGUGCCGCAAACGCUGCAGCCGCAGCUGUUCCAUAUCCAGAUAUUGGCUUACCGUCCCUGCGAGGGUUGCAUCUUUACAAAUCUCUCUAUCAGCGGCACCACUCGAUUCAUAAUGGCUGGAUGAAACCCAGUGUGAAACCACGUCACAUCGCUUUUCGCGCUCAUGACCGUCAUGUUGUCACUUGUCUUCAGUUUGAUACGGAUAAGGUUUUGACUGGCAGUGACGAUACAAAUAUCAAUGUAUACGACACUAGAACUGGGGCUCUGAGAGCGACACUUGAGGGACAUGAGGGUGGUGUCUGGGCUCUCGAGUACUACGGUAAUACUCUGGUGUCUGGUUCGACCGAUAGAUCAGUGAGAGUCUGGGAUAUCGAAAGGGCGAGGUGUACUCAGAUUUUUCACGGUCAUACGUCCACAGUACGAUGUUUACAAAUUGUUUUACCGGUAGAAGUGGGGAAAAAGGCAGACGGCACCCCUGAGAUGAUGCCAAAGGAGCCCUUGAUCAUCACUGGCUCACGAGACUCAAAUCUUAGAAUCUGGAAGCUCCCAAAACCGGGUGAUCCUGUCUACUACCAAAACGGACCACAUGUCGACGAUACCGACUGCCCCUACUUUGUCCGCGCUCUUAUAGGGCAUCAGCACUCGGUCCGCACGAUCGCUGCGCACGGCGAUACCUUAGUUAGCGGAAGCUACGACUGCACGGUGAGAGUCUGGAAGAUUUCCACUGGAGAAGCUCUUCACCGACUCCAAGGCCAUUCCUUGAAAGUGUACAGCGUGGUGCUAGACCACAAAAGAAACCGCUGUAUUAGUGGCUCCAUGGAUAAUAUGGUGAAAGUGUGGUCCCUCGAAACCGGAUCCAUCCUGUACAACCUUGAGGGCCACUCUUCCCUGGUUGGACUGCUUGACCUGAAGUGUGAUCGACUGGUCUCAGCAGCCGCAGAUUCGACUCUGAGAAUUUGGGAUCCAGAAACAGGCCAAUGUAAAAACAUGCUGAGCGCUCAUACAGGUGCGAUCACAUGUUUUCAGCAUGAUGGCCAGAAGGUUAUCUCAGGAUCUGAUAGGACAUUAAAAAUGUGGGAUGUACGGACUGGAGAGUGCGUGCGAGAUCUUCUCACCGACCUUAGUGGGGUAUGGCAGGUCAAAUUCAACGACCGGAAAUGUGUGGCUGCGGUGCAGCGUGAUAGUUUGACUUAUAUCGAGGUUCUCGACUUUGGUGCUUCUCGCGACGGGGUACCAGAAGAUCAGCUAGGCAGACGUAUAGUCGUUAAUCGCUGGGGCCAGGAAGUCAGCGAUGCCGACGAAGACUAUGAUCUGUCUGAUGCCUGA